AUAGCAUUAUGUCAGACACAGAUUACAGUGAAUACGAUUCAGACGAGGAGCCACACACCCACAUUGCACAUGGUCAAACCAAAGAUACUGGGCUUUUGUUGAACGGUGCUUUAGCAAAGGUUAAGCAUUGGAAAUCAAAGUAUCUCAAAUGUAACAAAGAAAAAGAAAAGGGUCUUAAUGUUUUGAAGGAUGCAAACAUGAAAGUUAAAAAUUUGACUGAGAUGAAGUUAGCGUACGACAAGCUCAAAGUGGAUUCUGAUGUUGACAAGAGAGAUUGGGAGAUAAGAAUUACUAAUGAAGCUGAACAGACCAAAAAGUACCAAGUGUUACUGAAAAAGAACAAAGCGAGUUUGGAAGAGAUGACCCAGAAACAUCGCGAAAUUGCUGAGUUGAACAAAACGAACGAGGCUAAACUUUUCCAAACUAAAAUAGAUUAUGCGGGAGUAGUGAGUGGUGUAGCGAGUCUAGAGGAGCAGUUGGCUGAACUGAAGGAUGAGAACAGGAACUCGAAGGAGGUAAUGCAGGAACAGACCAGUAACAUACAAGCCCUCUCUGGCGAAAACAGUGGUCUUCAGAAAGACAACGAGUUGUUGAAAGAUCGCUGCAAGGAACUCUCAUCUCAAGUGAACGAGUUCAGGAAUAUCUGUGAGAAGUUGGAUAAGAAGUACGGUAACCUGGCUCAAGAACAUCUAGCUUUAAAGAACGAUAGCAGCAUGAACAGCAGCUCCCUUACAAAGUCUAUAAAUGUAUCUAAAGAAGAAACACUACAACUAACGAAAGAGAGGGAUUCUCUAGCUCUGAACUACUCUCAUACAAAAGAAGCAUUAGUAGACACCCAGAAGAAGUUGGAGGAGCUACACGAGCUUUACAAGAAGGAGAAGAGUGAAGCGGAUGAGAACUCAGUCCUCCUCAAGCAAGCAGAAAUGAGCAUCCAGCACCUCAAGGAGCUUUACACAGAGAAGGAAAGUCAGCUGAAGAAGCAGACAACUGAGCUAGAGUCUCAAGUGUGUGCUCUGAAGAAAGACGUUGAAAAUACACGCGCUUUACUUCACGAGGCCCAGAGUCACUCAAAAUCACUGGAAGAAACCAUCACGUGUGAAGGAAAAGAUGCUGAGAUGUUAGCAAAUCUGAAGGAGACUGAGAAAGAGAAACUGUUGAUAGAGAUACGAAAAUUCAUAUUUCAAAAUACAGGGUUAAAAGAUCAGGUGUGCAAGUUAAAGAAGAUGAAUGAGAAUAUGGAACAGAACUACUCAAUACACAUCAGAAAAGCUAAUGAGCAGGUAGAAGGACUGAGUAAGCAGCUCAGUGAACAGUCUCACCAUCUCUCUGUUGUUGAAACUGAGCGUGAGAGAUUACAGGUAAAGUGUAACAAAGCCAAACGUCUGUCAAGUCAGACUGACACAACCAUACUCAAGCUCAACGAACAAGUCGCCUUAACAAGGGAGCAGAAGUCCACUUUACAAGACAAGCUGAACAAGUCACUAAAUGAGUAUCAGGAUGUGGAGGGGAGAGUGAACUUGGUAAAUGAGACAUUGGAUACUGAGAAGGGUAAUUGGGGACUGAAAGAGCAGGAAAUGACUAAGGAGAUAGAAAACUUCAAAUUGGAAGUUUCAAAUCUCGAGGACCAAAUCAACGAGAUCGAUAAAAAUAAAGAAGCACUCUCACAAGAGAAUUUAAGUCUAAAACUUCAAUAUCAAGAAGAAAGGGAGGCUCUCAAGACCAAUUUUGCGAACCUCACUGAGUGUAAUAGAGAACUGGAAUAUAGAGUGUUCGAGUUAGGGAAGUCUCGCGAAGAGAUGGAGAACCGUUAUGGUGCUCAGUUGGAUACCUGCCAGAAAAAGAUUCAGCUGCUGAACAACAAGGUAAACGAUAAAACCAAUGAGCUGGAGACGGUACAGACACAAAACAACGCACUCUUGAUACAAGCUGAGAGACUGAAAGUGGAUUCUGAACACAACAAAAGUACUAUAACUCGACUGAGUGAGGAGGCUGACGCUUAUAGGACCGAACAUGAGAGUUCUCGAGAGGAACUGAACCAAUCUGUAAACAAACAAGAAGCUCAGGAGUUGAAUAUCAGAAAAGUUAAUGAGCGUUUGGAGAAUGAAAAGAUAAAGUGGAGCGGAAGAGAAUGUCGAUAUUUGAAUGAGAUACGUGAUAUUGAGUCCAGAAAUCAAGAACUCAAGGUCAAAUUAGAGGAGUUGACGAUGCACUACAAAACAGAGAUUCUAGAAUUGUCCUCAAGAUUGGGCAACAAGAUCUCUGCUACCGAGGAGGAGAACAGUCAGAAGAUGACCGCUAUGGAAGAGAGUAUAAGGUUAUUGGAGGAAGUUCAGACAGAUUACCAGGAAGUGAUCAGAUACGCUGUCCUGAUCAUACAACAGUCAUUGUCACGACUCACUCCCAGCAGCCACUAUAACCCAUGUUCCCAUAUCAGGACACAGCGAGGAGGACAACAGGUUAGUAGCACAAAUACAGAGCAGAUAGCCGCCCUCAACACAGAGCUGGGGCAUCUCACUGCUACUUCUGGGCAUCUCAAUCAGAAGAUAACACAGUUAGAGGAAGAAAAAGAGCAGGAUGUACAGAGGUAUGAAAAGUUAACAGAAGAGAGGAACCAGCUCAUCAAAGAGAAAAAUGAUGUCGAGAUCGAGAUGGGAAAGCAGCGGGAUGCGUUCAAAGAGGAAAUCCGAACCAUGAAAAACGACAUGAAGAACAACGAAAAUAAACACGAGGUGUUGAGGAAGAAGUUGGAGGGAUCCAGAGAGGAGCUAGCUAAGAUGGAACACGAGGUCAGAGGAUUACAGACCAGUUUGGCUGAUAAAACUAACAGUAACGAGAGGCUUACCGAGGAAAUCGGAGUUCUAAAAACGGAUAAUAGUGUGAUGAGUCACCAACUGAACGAGCUGAAGACCACAUCUCAAGAGCGCUUCACGGAGAUUGAAAACUUAAAGACGAGAAUAACGGUCAUUCAAGAAGACAACAAGAACAUCAGACUGAAAUCUGAUGAAAGCUUGUCAAAAGUGAAAGAGAAAGAAGUGCUGUAUAAAGAACUCCUGGAUAAGCUCACUGAACUGCAACAGAAACUCCAUGGCGAUCAGAUCAAGCACAUCGAAGAGAUAAGCGUUGUAAAGGAAGAACUUCAAGAGAAGAUUUACUGUCUAGAGAGUGAAAUGAAGCAAGUAAAGUUUGAGCGGGAUAACAAAGAGUCUCAAAUUGUCGCUCUUAAGGGUCAGAUUAGUAAACGGUCUGAAGAGAAGGUAUCAACUAGUGCAGUGCCAGUACCUACCGGUAUUUCGGAAGAGGCAGCGCAGCAAUAUCGAGAACUCUACGAGAAAUUCAUGGCUCUGCAAGGGGAGGUCCAACAACUAAGAUCUGAGAAAAUUAUCCUGGAUAACUCUGCUACUCAACUAAAGUUUAAUCUUGAUACUGAGCGGGAAAAGUUGUCCGCCACUGAACUGGCGAUCAAAAAUACAACAGAUUUGUUAAAUGAUACGAAAGAAAAGAUGGGAGAUGUUCAGUCCCUGAACAACAAGGCUAGCAAUGACAUAACAAGGUUAGAAGAGAUACUGAAAGUAGAAAGGGAUAAAUACUGCAGAUUGUCAGCGGAGCACGAUAUCGAGAGAUCAAGCAUAAUAAAACUUAACAGCUCUAUUGCCACUUUUAAAGAACAGAUUGAGAAACUCAAAGAAAACUCCAAACAGCAGGAGACAGAGAAGAUAGCCUUCCAGAAGCAACUGAUGGAGAAAGAGCAGAUGCUGAGUAGUGAAGCUAAACUCCGACUUCACAUGAGCUCUCAACUCUCUUCUAACUCAAACUAUGAAACAGCGCUGGAGAACGAGAGGAAGAAAGCGGAGAAGUUGGAGGAGAAGUGCGAGGUGCUGUGCGGACAGGUGGAGAGACUGAAGACUAGUGUGGAGGAGGGUGAGACUUCCAGAAGGAAACUUAGAGAGGAGCUCGAGGAGGCUACAAGACCGCAACCUAAUGCUGGACAACACGAAGAUAAGAUAAGGUCACUGAAACAGAAACUAGCUGCGGAUCGAGAGAGCUUUAAAAAGAUUCAAGAUGAUUUGACAAAGAAAGUUAAGAAAGCUCAACUUCUUGUAAAGGAGGAGGCCGCCCAGAGAAAGGAGCUCACUGAUAAAUACAUUAUGGUUAAGAGCGAAAUAGGAGAGUUACAGGGGAAAAUGACAGUACUUCUUGCUGAUAACGAGCGUUUAAAAGCUCAGUACGAGUCACUGAUGAAAGAGAAAGCUACUGUUACUCAGGAGAAAACUGAGUUGGAAACUUCGUUAAGGACUGAUUACGUUCUCAGGAGAGAGGUUGAAAUGUCGAAGAAGAAUCUGGAAGCUCGAAAUAGGGUGGAAUACAACAAGAGGCUACAAGAAAUGAACCAAAAGUGGGACCAAGACAACAAAUCUAAAGAAGCGAUGGACAAGUUCAAGUCCACUACUGAGUCUAAAAUUCGUGAAGAUCUUGAAAAGAGUAACAGACAGCUAAAACAAAAGGUUACAGACUGUCUAGAUCAGUUCGACCACAGAGAGAAACAACUCUCUAACAUCCAGCUGGAGAAUGAGAAGUUAAAACAGAUUCUUGCGGAGGAGAGGAGGGCGAUGGAGAGACUACUGCCCUCUUUUGCUGUUGAUCAAACACCUGUACCUCGUCUCUCUCUUAACUCUACUCCCCGGGCUCCUUUUAGACAAGGCGACAAUUCUAACGUCAGAGCGACUCAAGACGCCAACGCCACGUGGCAGCUGAUGAAAUCCAAACUGAAUGAAAGUCUGAACAGAUAUCUAGUAGAAGAGGAAAUCUCACCCGGCCGAGGGAACAUACCUGGGAUACUGACUCCUGGGCGGAUUACUCCUGGUAGAGUGACUCCUGGGCGGAUUACUCCUGGCAGGGUGACUCCUUCAUCGAUCAGGAGAGCAGACCUCAAUAUCGACCCUGACCCUGCUAGAACUUCUGCGGAUAGUUUCUUGUGACCGGGAAAAUUGUAGUGGACUCUUUUUAUAUUCUUUAUAUCAACUUAUCAAUAAGCGAAGUGGGGACUGCUAUAUUUGAGUUUCUCAUAUUAAAUGUGGCUGCGCCACCAGACUUAGAGGAUUAAAAUAAAAAAGAUAGUGAUUUUACUUGUUAUCUGAUAUUUUGACUACAAUAAACUCGAUGUCUAAAUAAGGUAAUGAAUUUGAGAUAUAUUAAGUUGAUAACCAGAUUUUAAAGACUAUUUAUCUUUGUUAGACUAAUGUUGCAUUGGAAGUGAAAUAUAUUCAUAAUUUUCUUCUGCGAUUAAUAUGACCGUUAAAAAUGUUAUGUUGUUACCAUUUUUAUUAUUCCUGAA